AUGACGUCGCUUUUAUUUUCAUUGAGAUGGGAUAUAAACAAGGCUGUGGCGCACGAGUGCGGGCGGGGUCACUUAAAGUUAGUGUCGGCUCGUAAACGUAUCGGCCAGGCGGGGGCUACUGAACGCUCGCCGCCGCCGCCGCCGCCCCGCGGCGACCGCACUCGACACGCUGCCGCACGCUCCCCUGGGAAAGGCGGCGGCGGCGUUCCGACAACAGACAGCGGGUGUCAGCCGCCACGUGCUACCCAAGGCCACUCGCUUAGUGUCAAGGUCAUUGCCACUCCAGCUCAGUACACGCGGCACCCACGCCUCUCCUGUCACCACAAAUAG